UCUAAAUAUGUUAGAGAAAACUCAUAUUAACGGUCACAUUUUAUUUAACGUUAAACUGCAUUAAUUAAUUUCUUAUGUUCACUUGAAAAUACGUUUAUGUUUGUGUUUGAGUGUUUAAUCUCUUAUAAAUAUGAGACAAAAUUUCAUUCUAAAAUACCAGAUACAAACAUUUUAAUAUAUUAUAUUAAUAACAUUUGCGACUUAUUUCGAAAACAUUGGCACAAUGGCUCACACUUCUUCCCGAACUACUAUCGUAUUCAUUGUUGUUGCUUUGAUUUGUGCGUUCGUUCCUGCAUUCUCUGUUGAAGAAGCUGAAGCAAAAUCACUAUGGGAUACCUGUCUUCUUAAAAUCAGUCCAAAAUGUGCGUUGGAUAUAAUUGGUGUUGUCUUUGAAAAUUUAACCAUCACUGAUGCAUGUUGUCAUGAUCUUGUACAAGAAGGAAAAAUGUGUCACGAUACUCUUAUCAAAUAUAUUGCUGAGAAGCCGCAUUUAGUUGCCCACGAAACAGAGUAUUUGAAGAAAAGUGAUGAUUUGUGGACUCAUUGUGUCUCAGUUUCGCAAACUGCUUAAAAAUAUGUUAUGCUUGUAUUGAUCUACAAAUUUUUAUUUAACUAUCGUUAAAUUUUAUUUGAUCAAAAAUCGUGGAUCAAACAGUAUGCAAUAUAAAGCGACCAUCAAGUGAAUCUCAUUCUAAAUGAAUCAAUACAUAUAUUAACUCAAUUGAAAAACAAUGUGCUAACCAUACAAGAUUGUUAAACUAAUAACAAGACAUAUAUGAAUAAUUUCAAACAAUAUUGCUUAAUUACUUUGACUUAACUUAUCUUUAAUUUUAAAAAUUAAUUUUCCUCUACGAUUUCAAUCAUUAUUUUUACAUACACUGAAAAUUAUCUUGGAUAAUUUAAAACAAGGAGCAAAGAAAAUAUCUAAUGUUUCACCUUCGAAACCUUUGAGUUUAGUAGUACAUGCUAAUAUAAUGGCUUGGAAAAAAAAACUAUUUUGAAUACUCAUGUUGUCGACGAUUUUGUAAAUACGAUCAUUUACAAAGAACACAAUGAGACUGGAUGUAAUCACAAAAAAGAACAAUAUCCUAUGACUAGUAAGUAGAUAAUAACUUAUGCCAAUGAUAUUAGGAUGGAGCGUAUGGAUUUGAGUUUUAAAUCCAUCAUAAAAGUUUUGGAAACAAAAUUAUACACAUUUUUUGUUUCAUUUAUUACAAUUUGUAGAUUUGGGUUCAGAAUUUUUAAUACAUUACAACCCUUUAAUUUUUGCAAAUUAAUUGUUUAACUCUAAUAUUGUUUUUCGCCAGUUCCAGUUUCUUUUCUAAGAAAUUAUAUCUACAUAAUGUGUAUACUGGUUAUGGUUUAGCUAUAUAAUUUCUUCUAGUAGUAAAUUCUUA